AUGGCUCCUGUUACUGUUAACUAUCACGAUCUCGAGCUUCCCGCCUAUAUCCUGGGCGCCAUCACUGCUGGUGGUGGAAUCAUGGGCUACGCUCGCUCAGGAUCUGUUCCCUCUAUUGUUGCUGGCUGUGCCGUUGGACUUUUAUAUGCCCUUGGAGGCUACCGUAUCCAGAACGAGCAGCCUUACGGAGUUGAGCUUGGUCUGCUUGCCUCGGUUGUUCUGGGCGGCUCAGCUUUCCCCCGUGCUUUUCGUUCGAUGAAGCCUGUUCCAAUUAUGCUGAGCGUUAUUUCGGCCUUUGGUCUAUUUACCUACGGCACUGCUCUUACAAGAAAGGUCUGA